GGGGGCGGGGGGGGCAGUCAUGUGACCUCGACUCAGAUUGCCGAGGGACCUGCGAGCAAAUGGCGCCCCGUUCCCACCCCUCGCCAUUCCCACCGGGAAACUUCCCGAAUCGGCUUCCAACCAGGCUGGGAGCUGCGGAUCGCGACGCAAGCAACUGGAACCCAGGACCCAAUGGCGUCUCAUCCACGAAACUCAAUCCCUGCCUGUCUACUCCUCACCCUCUUCCUCACUAUCCAACUCACACAGGCUGAGACAUUUCAGAGGACAGAUGCCACCAAUGAUGAGGAGGUGAAGAGGAAGUGUGGAUUCUCACUCAAGGCCAUUCACGACUGCAAGUACCAGAAGUGCCAGGAGGCUUCGGCCUUCUGUGCAGUAAUAACUCCUGCGGCUGAGGCCGGCGAUUUAACAGACUGCCAGAUCAAGCACUGCAUGCAGGAGAAGAAGAAAUGUGAGGAGCCGCUCAACAAAUUCCUCUCUAAAGAGGAGAAAUGUGAGGGCAACAGAUUCAACGAUGUGGAGAUGGGCUGCCUGCUGAAGUUGCGCACAUCUCUGGAGCAACUCACAGUAUGCAAGAGGGACGGAUAUCUGGAGGAGAAGGUUUACUGUUUCAAGAACGAAUGGAAGCGCAGAAUUGGCGCUUAUGCCACGGACGAGCUGAGGAAGACCGCGACACCAGAAGCCAUUGACUGCGCGUACAACACUUGCUUCCAGAACGUGACUCGGUGCCUCUACGACCACCACCACGAUAUGGCCAUCAACCCAGCCUCUGUGCGGAGGUUUGAUCUGGCGCAUUGCGCCUAUGUGGCCAUCAACUACGCUCACGAGUGCGAGAGCAUUCCCAGGCUCAGUGGCUGUGCAGAGAGGUUGGCGACCUGCAUAAGCGAACACCCCGAAUUGCCUGGAAUUACUGAGGUGGUGAUUGGAGGGGCCUUUGGCGGAUUGGCGAUUAUCGUGGCUAUCGUACUCGUCGUGAAGAGGAAGGAUAUCGCUGCAAAACUACGGAACUGCCGGGGAGGCUCCACUGUCGGCCAGGGCAGCUCCACUGUCGGCCAGGGCAGCUCCACUGUCGGCCAGGGCAGCUCCACUGUCGGCCAGGGCAGCUCCACUGUCGGCCAGGGCAGCUCCACUGUCGGCCAGGGCAGCUCCACUGGCGGCCAGGGCAGCUCCACUGUCGGCCAGGGCAGCUCCACUGUUGGCCAGGGCAGCUCCACUGUCGGCCAGGGCAGCUCCACUGGCGGCCAGGGCAGCUCCACUGUCGGCCAGGGCAGCUGCACUGUCGAUGUGCAGGACUUCGAUGCGCAGGAUCCCACUGCCACGGAAUUGGUUGAUGAAGAUUCAAAACUCCUGAACAAAGGACAAGAAACUGCAUAGAAGAGAGAGUAGGCAAGAUGUUAACCACCUCGCCUGGUAUGCAGGAGGUCAUAGGUUCUAUCCCGACCCUAAAGCUCGCUGUAUAUUUGCAUUUUGCAUGUCUCCCCCCCCACCCCUGUGGUCACUAGGAUUAUUUUUUGGGUCUUCUGGUGUUGCCCUCCACAUUUUGAACGUGCGUUCAGAGUAUAUUUAUUCACUUUAUUUUUAUUAUUCUUUUUCUAUCUACGUGACUUUACCGAAAUAACCAAAGAAUAUUAAUUCCUGCUGUUAGAAAUUUCUGCUUGAUAAGCCACUUCGUUGAGCUAUCAUUUGUGGCCAGAUCACUUCUCAAAUAGAGCUAAAUAGUUCAGUGGGCUUUACGCGGCUUCUAUUUGUCCCGACGAAACGUUCCGAGUUUGCUGCAGGACCAGCCACGAAGUGAGAAGGUGAGGGUACGAGGAGGUUGAUGGAAGAUUGAGAUCACAUUUCGUGUUAUCGGCGGUGGUGGUGGAAGUGGUGGUGGUGGCGGCGGUGGUUG